GGGACCAUUUAUUCGUACAGCAUCUCCAGCCACACACAGUAAUUGAAUCGCGCAUCCCCUCCCUCUCUCCCAGGGUGUAUCGAUCCGCGCGUGACGUCACUAUCGAUAAGUUUUGCGGAAAAAGAUUGAAGUUCUCGCAGAUCAGUCCCGGGGUGACCCGAAGACCUGAGGAGGACGCGGCUGCACUUUGGGAAUUACAAAGCAUGCACUCUCCCGGCUGGGGGGCUUCCUAUUUGGCGGAAAGGAAUUAGAUGAGGAAGGGGAAAGAGGAGACUGGUCCAGCCCGUGCGUGAGCCGGUGGGAGAGGAGAAAACAUCCCCGCACAGACAAUAUCGCUUCAAUAUCCCCCAAGAUGGCCGCCAAUGUGGGAUCAAUGUUUCAAUAUUGGAAGAGGUUUGAUCUGCGGCGGCUGCAGAAAGAGCUGAACUCUCUUGCAUCGGAGCUGGCUGCUCGGCAGGAAGAGAGCGAGCACUCCCACAAGCGUCUUAUUGAACUCAGCCGGGAGUUCAAGAAGAAUGUCCCUGAGGAAAUCCGGGAGGUUGUGGCUCCAGUUCUAAAGAGCUUUCAGUCUGAGGUCAUUGCACUUAUUAAAAGAAGCAAAGAAGCAGAGGCGGCUUUCCUCAGCGUUUACAAGCAGCUCAUUGAAGCACCAGACCCGGCUCCUCUUUUAGAGGCAGCACGUGGAUUAGAAGACCGUCUGCAACAACUUCAUUGUAUAGACCCUGACAAUAAGACUGUGAAGGAAAUCAGCCGGCACUGGAAGAAGUACUCCGACUUUUUCUGCACUGGAAAAGAGAGAAAAGAAGGAACUAGUCCAGCUGGGAUCCCGCUGCAGAGAGAGGAAGCCUGGCACAGCAGCAUUAACAACAAACUCUUCUCAGUGGACACAUUUCAGCAGAGAAACGAAGCAGAAAGUGAAAAGGGGUUGCAGGAAGCACAGAUUACCUUGGCGGUCAGACUUGGUGAGGCUGAAGAAAAGAUCAAGGUUCUUCAUUCAGACCGUUUCAACCGAUGCUUCUGUUGUGCAGCACUGAAGACAACACAGAGGGAGCUGCUUGACCUGCGGUGCCAAUAUGAUAAGGAGACAGCGUCUAAGGCGGAUGAAGUGGGCAUGAUAAUGACCAAUCUUGAAAAAGCUCAUCGGAGAGCAGAAUCUGCUCAGAGGGAAGUUGAGAGUCUCAGGGAGCAAUUAUCAUCUGUAAAUAAUUCCAUUAGACUGACCUGUUGUUCUCCACAAGGAUCUGCUGGUCUAACGUCUACCGACAAAACUGGCUUCUCGCUGUGUUCUGGUUCUCAUCUAGAAGCAGCAUUAGCUUCUAAAGACAGGGAAAUCGUAAGACUUCUGAAGGACAUACAGCACCUGCAGAAUUCUAUACAGGAAUUGGAAGAGUCUUCAUCCAAUCAAAUCGCUGAACUCGAACAGCAACUAAUCAUCAAAACAGAGGCUAUAGAGAAACUAGAAGAGAAGUUACUAAUUCAGUCGGAUUACGAAGAAAUUAAAACUGAGCUGAGCAUCUUGAAAGCUAUGAAGUCUGCCACAGCCGGCUGUGACCUUGUUCCGGAGACGUCCAAGGCAGAAGAUAACUUAUCCAUCAAAAAAGAAGCAUUUUACCCAUUGCAAAACUAUCUCCUAGAAAAGCAGAGCUUUGUGCCCAGCUGUGAGGAGGAUCAUCCUCAUGAUGCCACUAAAGUUCCUGCAGCAGCCGAAAGGUCAUACUCAGCUUCUCCGCUGACCAGGGGCAGAGCGUCUACCCUCAGUCCUCCCCAAUCUAUGCUGGAAUUCCCGCUAGCAACUAGAGCUCAGAGGACUUUUUGCUUCUCUUCUGCUUACUCCAACAGUAAUGAACAAUUAGCUGGAGAAACACUUCUCAAGACUCAAGUUAAUUCACCAUUGCUCAAGACCGAAUCCAACUCAGCGCUAUCAUUCCCAUCCACAUUUUAUACAAUAAAGGCCAAUAUACUUUCCAGCAAUCACCAGUCCACUGGGAAUCAGGAUUCAAGCCCGCUCAGUGAGCAGUCUGAAGGGACCAAUUCCAGCUCAGUGGAUGAUGAACAUCUAGAUACAUCAGAAAUUGCCUUUCAAGUUAAAGAGCAACUUCUAAAACACAACAUUGGGCAAAGAGUAUUUGGGCACUAUGUUCUAGGGCUCUCCCAGGGCUCAGUAAGUGAGAUUCUGGCUCGUCCUAAGCCCUGGCGAAAACUUACUGUGAAAGGGAAGGAGCCCUUCAUUAAGAUGAAGCAAUUUCUGUCCGAUGAGCAGAAUGUUCUGGCGCUCAGGACUAUUCAGGUGCGGCAAAGAGGAAGUAUUACACCAAGAAUUCGAACUCCAGAAACCGGAUCAGAUGAUGCUAUUAAAAAUAUUCUGGAGCAAGCAAAAAAGGAGAUUCAGUCUCAGAAAGGAGGUGACACAAAGGGCUCAACUGCUCCUUUAUCAUCAUCUUCCACCACCAACAAUAAUUCCGAAGAUGCAAUAAAGAGUAUUCUGGAGCAGGCAAGGAGGGAAAUGCAGGCACAGCACCAGGCAUUGCUGGAAAUAGAAUCGGGCAGCAGCCAUAGGUCCAUUCCUACACCCCCAAAUGAGAGGCCCAUUCUCACGCCUUCUGCGCACAAAGCACCUCAGAUCUACAUUAAACAGGAGGAGGGCUGCCUUCUCACCAGCACAAGCUCCACACAGACGCCAUUGAGUGUUCUGUCCCCAGCAGCUUUCGUACAAAAUAUUAUACGCAAAGUAAAGUCGGAAAUAGGUGAUGCUGGUUCAUACUUUGAUCAGCACUGGGCAUCAGAAAAAAAUAUACUGAACCGUCCAUUUACAUCUGUGUCUCCAUCACUGUCUUCAUCAUCAUCAAGUUACUCCAGCAUAGUAAAUGGGCGACCUUGGAAGAGAGGAGAUAAUGGGGAAACUCCACACAAUGAGGAAGAUCUAACAAAUGGAGAAGAAGCACAUAAACUUGUGGAGGUGAAGACUGAGAUUGGAAGUCUAGAUAAUCAGAACAUCAGCCAGAUUUCAUACUACCCUGCCUACGUCCCAAGAAACCUUAAGCCCACCGUUCCCCCGCUCACCCCAGAGCAGUAUGAGAUGUAUAUGUACCGAGAAGUGAAUACCCUGGACCUCACCAGACAAGUCAAAGAAAAGUUGGCAAAAAAUGGCAUCUGCCAGCGAAUCUUUGGAGAAAAGGUGCUUGGACUAUCGCAAGGCAGUGUGAGUGACAUGUUGUCCAGACCCAAACCAUGGAGUAAGCUAACCCAGAAAGGGCGCGAACCAUUCAUUCGCAUGCAGCUUUGGUUGACAGAUCAGCUUGGCCAAGGAAUUAACCAGCAGCCAUCCCUGUCACAAGGCACAGCAAGCCCCUCUGAAACCCAUCCAUCACCAUCUCCACCACCGAGCCCAUCAGAUCAAGAAAAGAGUCCUGCUGAGCCACUUAUAUUAAGCUUAGAGAGCAGCAAAGAAAACCAGCAACCGGAGAGCAGAUCCGGUUCUUCACUGAGCGGCAGAACCUUCCCAAGUCCUCACCAAGCGACAACAGCUGGUAUUCAGGAGAUUGUGGCCAUGUCUCCGGAGCUAGACACCUACUCCAUUACCAAGAAGGUUAAGGAAGUGCUGACGGACAAUAACUUAGGGCAGAGAUUAUUUGGAGAAAGCAUAUUGGGUCUUACUCAGGGUUCUGUGUCGGACCUCCUGUCCAGGCCCAAGCCAUGGCAUAAGCUAAGUCUGAAGGGCAGAGAGCCAUUUGUUCGCAUGCAGCUCUGGUUGAGUGAUCCGCACAACAUUGAAAAACUCAGAGACAUGAAGAAAAUGGAAAAGAAGGCAUACCUGAAACGACGUUAUGGACUUCUAAGCAUUGGCUCGGACAGUGAAUCUUCCAACACUAGAAUGGAGUGUGCCAGUCCUGGCCUCCAAACACAGGACUAUAACCUCAUGCAGAUGAAAAAGCCCAGGGUGGUUCUUGCAUUGGAAGAAAAGGAAGCUCUUAAAAAAGCUUAUCAAAUGGAACCAUACCCAUCCCAGCAGACGAUCGAGCUGCUCUCUUUCCAGCUAAACCUAAAGACAAACACAGUCAUUAACUGGUUCCAUAACUACAGGUCACGCAUGCGCAGGGAGAUACUGGUGGAAGGUCAACACGACAAUGACACAGACCAAGAGCCAAAUAGCUGUGAUAGCUUUACAUCUGUGGCAGCUCCACACAGAGUACUACAUCCUCACAGUCCAGACUCUGAAGCAGGAGAUAGGAAGCCAAUAAUUAAUGAUCUAAAACAUCUGCUACACAGUAAUGGCUACCCAAGGGAGGUGAGAACUUCAGUGACAAUUAAGAAAGAAAACAUAGAGGAAGAAGUUGACUAUGACUCUUCUAAUCAUUGUGAGUCUUGCGGUUCUGGAAUGGCAUCAGAGUCAUGCUGUGAAACUGAGCCAUUUAGAGCUCUUCGGGAAAAGCAGGCUACUUCCUCUCGCUGUGAUGGCUCCCAGAGACUACACUAUUUACGAAAGAGCAAUUCUUUUCAUGAGAAGUCUCAUCAGCCCAUAGUCCAUGACUGUAUUUUGCCUGUACUUACACAUAAAGAGGGUGUGGGCACAGAUCGGCCACAAACUGACCCCAUUUGCUUUAAGUCCACAGUAGAAUCUUCGCGUUGCAGCCUAGAAGUGUCUCUAAAUUCCCCAUCAGCUGCCUCCUCUCCAGGUCUCAUGAUGUCAGUCUCUCCCGUACCUUCUUGUUCUGCUCCCAUCUCUCCGUCCUUGCCCAGCACCACUCCAAGCAAGGCUCUCUCUUCCAGCCCAGCCAGCGACACCGGCCCUUUGCAUCCUUCCACAAAGCAUAUCCCCAACAACCAGAAGAGAAAUGAAAAGAUGGCCAAUCUAAAUAACAUUAUACAUCGGCUUGAGAGAGCUGCAAAUAAAGAAGAGACUCUGGAAUGGGAGUUUUGAAACUGCUUUUUAUCGGUACAACCUAAAGGACCGUAUUGUUACUACCAAACUCUGUGAAUCCACAUUAUGGAACAGAGGUAUUGCAGAGAACAUAAAUCGGAUAUUUUAUAUAUACAUAUAUAUAUAUUUUGUUUUUGUUUUGUGAAGUAGACAAUGAUAAAUAUGAAGGGAUUACAAAAUCAUAACAAUCCCUUGGAACUGAAGGAAAUAGUUUGAAAAACAAACACAAGACUUAGUUUUCAUGGUUAAAAAACUCUUUUAGAAAAACAAAUAUUUAUAAACAUUUUAGAUAUUUUAUUAAAUAAUAUUUGGAAUAAAUUAACAGCCUAAGCUGCUUUGAUAACGGACAUAGAUGUAAAAAACUACAGAAUGUAUCCGUGAUCACAAUUACGUCUUGUAGCGUGCCACUGGAUGAGAUUAAAGCCAUCACAAAUCACUGGGAGACUGACCACUUGGAGUAUGGUAUCAGACGCUGCUUUGGUUUCUACUGUCUACAAGGCAGCAAUUGUUACUACCCGCUGAAGAGACGGAUACAGUCUGUAAGACUCUAAACCGAAUAUGUAUUGCCAUGAGAUGUGUAUAGGUCGGAGGAUCCACUGUAACAUGUAUUGUGCAUUCCACUCCAGGUACUGUGAAUGCUGUAAAACAGAAUCUAGGCACAGAAAUGCUCCCUUAUACACCCAGCCUUAUGUAUGGGAGAGGUGCAAUCACAGCUGUGUGUGCUGAAUGUGCAGUGAGAAUGUGUGUGUGUCCUGAUGCCUCAAUGUAUGACGCAAGUUUAUUCUGUGUGUAUUAUGAAUUAUGUCACAAAUGCAGAUAAUAUCAAAAAUAUCAGCUUAACCGUAUAUUGAGCAGGCAUUAACAUCAACCAUCCUGAGAUGAUCUGACCUUGGUCUGCUCUGGGGUUAGAGGUUUGGUGGAAGAUGACUUCUGGUGUAGCCACAGACUGAUUGUGUAUGCUGGAACAUGUAGUAUUAUAGCAGCUGGAUAACCUCUGAGUGCAUAUUUCUGUCCUCAUGUCAUAAUGAAGGUUUUAAAGGUUUAGGCAUCAAUUUGAUGUGUGGAACACAAGAUUCUGAUGAGGUACAGUAUUGUUACUUCUGCACUUUUCAUUGGAUGAAAACUAACCAUCCUAGGAGAAAUGGUUAUAUUGGAAGGGAUGUGUAUUCUCAUGUGCGGAGCUAUAAUGGGUGCAGGAAGUGCCGAUGCUAUGGGCCCCAUAAAGUUCUGACUACGCCCCUGUAUAUUCUGUAGAGUUUUUGAAGCUGCAUUAGAAAAAAUUAAUCCAAUGUGCAAUAACUGUAGAUUCCACACAAGUCACAUGCUCAUUUAUGGAAGCAUCCGAUGUGCACAAGAAGGCCCCUUGGUUUUUUUUAACCUGUGUGUCUGGAUUCAUUGUUGCAGAUCACAGUGCCUACUUACCUUCUGAGCUGCUAGUUAUGCGCAGGGGCGGUACCAACCUACUACCACUUUAGUGCCACCCAUUUCAAUAAAAUAACCUUUUAAGUUCUCUUUAUAUAAAAUACUCCUAGGGGUAGCCACUUUUAAGGCAAUUUACUAGGUUGGUGCAAAAGUGAAGUUUCUCUUUUACAGUGGAAAUUGUGACACCCCAUCCCCCCACCCCAAUCCACACACACACACACACACACACAGCACGGAACCCCACACUAAAAAUGCACCCUUCCGGCCCCUUCAUCUCCUACAAUAUUCACAUCAGUGGACUUUAUCCCCUCUGCAGCCGUUACACAAUUCCUGUGCUCUGCAAGCUGCUACUGCUCCGCAGAUAUGGCCACUAUGCUCGACGGUGGAAAACUAAGCUGCAUAUGAAAACGGCUUUUGCACUGUACGGCAGCUGUUUUACACUUUGUAAAUGACCUCUAGAAUGUAUUUAACAAUACCAAUUCUGUGCACACAUUUCAUCAUUUCACUGGUUUUAAACAUGUUUCCACAUUCAUAUAGCCAGGUAUUGUGAUGCACCACAAGUUGCAAUGUGCAAACACUUCAGCGAUUUAGAUGUAUUUUAGUACAGUAUACUACUUUUAUUAUGUCACAUUUUUGUGUUUGUUCUGUACAUGUCUAUGAAUAUGGUGCUGGGGGGUGACAUACAUCUCAGAGUUGUAGUUCUACAUAAACGUACAAGAUGCGUGUUUUAGGCGCACUGCCCUGUUCUAAUUGCAUGAUGAAUGCAGCUUGGAAGGAGCUAAGAACAGUUAUGAAAGAUCUCCAUUCAGUAUAUAUUUAGACAUGUACAGUACAUUGGAGCAUGGGCGUCUGUAUACUGUGGAUUACAGACUCACUUGCAGUUAGAUGUACGAUGAUAGUUUGCAUAUGCCUGUAUCAAGUCUUUUGCGUAUCUUAAUCUUCUAGGCCAAGUAUGGUUGUCAUAGGACGCAUCUAUCAGCAGGAUUAUGUCUUGCAGGAGCUGGAGGCAAAUGUACGGGAUGAUGAUGAUGAUAAUGAAUAUCCACUUUGGAUUGGCUGCUUGCUUAUUGAUUCCAGCUAUUUUAGAUCACUGCAUUCAUUUUAUAAACUGCUGACUAUUUGCAUUAUUUAAUUGCCAUUCCAUAAAGACUGCUGCAGGAAAGUCUACUCCCAUUUAUGUGUUAUAGGGAUAAACAAUGGACAUGGUGGUGUUGUACUUAGUUUUCGGGGUUUUCUUAAAUAGGGUAAGCGCAAUUUUCAAUAUUAUUAAUAAGACAUUCUCUUGUGUAUACGAGUGCAUUAUGUUUCAUACAAAUAGUGUACUGCAUUAGAACAUGUCUUGAUUAUAUUAUUUAAAUCAUGUACAGAUAGGGUUACGCUUCUUUAGCAUUGUGUACUAACACAUAUACGCUGCAUCCAAUGCUUCCAUCCAGAGUAUAUACACACCGGGGCACCUGACAUAAAUCUGCUCUUUUUGAUUUGUUUGCAUUGCAAGAUGCGUCCAAAUGUACAGAAUACAAGAACGCUUUGUCUUGUGUGUGUCUUUUCCUUUGUGCGCCAAAGGCAUAUAUACUUCCACCACUGGAUUAUUCCAUUAUGCACAUAUCCGCAUACCAGCUAUGACAUCGCUGUGCAGAGAUACUGCAAGUUUUCUCUUCCUGCCAUCCAGGGGACGACUGCGCAGAUCAUAUUCCGGAAAUGUGAAGAGGGGUAUGGGACAUUUAUUAUUAUUACAAUUUAUUUAUAAGGCGCCACAAGUGUUUCCAGCGGCGUACAUAACACACAAAACAAUAAAGGGUAUACAGAGCUUAACAUCACAGAAAACUAAAACAAAGCACAGGUAACAAUUAGCACCACAGUUCUCAGUACACAAUACAGCGGAGAUGUCAGGAAGCAAAGAAUUAAUCGGCAUACUACUGCAGGCGGGCAGCCAUUGGAAGAGAUGAACAGUCACGAGCAGGAGGAAAUGCAGGUAUAGACAGUCACUGAGUAGGAGACUGUAAUUGAAGUGCAGGAGAAGAGGGCUGUAAGAACAGGAGGGAAGAGGGCCCUGCUCCAAGGAGCUUACAGUCUAGGAGUUCUCCAAAUGUGUUCUCCAUAUGUGCCACAUAUAUUUCAAUGUCAAAUUCAUUUCUAUGACACACUCAUGUGUUUCCCUAUCUCCUUUAUCAUGACAAGAGCUAUUUAGCGUUUAUACGUAAACUGUUUUUUUAUUGCGACAAUAGACAAACAAGUUGUAUAACAAAAUUCUGACAAUAGGAGACAAAAUUUUUGCAGAUCACAUAUAGCAAUAUAUCACAACUUAGUCUCCUAAAAUAUAGAAAAGCGUUGUCCAUUUUCAAUCUAAGCAAAUACAUAGAGAUAACAUUAUGAUGAGACAGUGGAAGAGAAAAGACUAAGAAGAAAGAAAAAGGAAAGAAAAGAAUUGAGGGGGGAGAGAGAGGGUAGAGAUGCAAAAAUUAGGAGUAGAUAAGCUUAUUCUAGAUGAGCGAAUGGGCCUCACAGUAAAUUAAAGGAGGGGUAAAACCGCUAAGUGGUCUGAAAUGCGGUGAGAACUUAUCCGAGUUAUUAGAGGGGAGAACUCUAAAUAGACAUGUAAGUCCGAUAUACAGGUGACCCCUUGAAAUCAUACCAGGGAAACCAAGUGGCUGUAAAGUUAACUGAUCUACCCAAUGAGAAGGAGAUAAGGUCCUCCAUAUCUAAAAAGUAAUCAAUCCUGUUAAACCAUUGUUUGAUUGAAGGGGGAGAGGUCGACCUCCAAAGGAUCGGUAUAACGGCCUUAGCCGCAUUACUAAGAUCUCUCAGUAGUGAGCUCUUAUAGGUGUGGGCACCCACCGAAGUGAGGCUGAAGAGCCAAAACUCUGGGUCUUUAGGAACUGCAUCUCCCAUUAUCAAUUCUGAACAAGCAAAAACUUCCCUCCAAAAGGAAACUAUAAGAGGGCAUUCCCACCAUAUAUGCAAAAAGCUCCCCAGGGCUCCCUUACAUCGCCAGCAAAGGUUCGAGAGAGUAGGAAACAUAUUGUUAAUCACUAAAGGAGUCCUAUACCAUCUAUACACGAGUUUAUAGAGAGUUUCCAUCGUAGAUGAGCAUAAAGAGCUAGCCUGGGUAUUACGGAAUAUAGAUUCCCAAUUAGAUUGUAACGCCAACUUCUCCCAAGAACUCAUAAAAGUAGGGGGUUGCGGGAAGAGGUCUUCUAUGAUAAGCACAUAGAUUUGGGAUAUGGUGUGAGUGGGAGGUCGUGGGGAAACGCAUAAUUUUUCAAAAGUGGUAAGAUUUCUUGUUAUAUCAGAGAGAUUCUUGGAAGAUGUUAAGAAAUGGUGAACCUGAAGAAAUUUCCAAAAAUCGGGAUUUGGUAUAUUCCACAGAGAUUGAAUAUCUGAAAAUGAGCGCACCCUGCCCGAACUCACCAGCUGACCGACUCUGAAAAGCCAAACCCCCGCCCAUAAGGUGAAGGCCGUCCCUUGAAGACCCGGAAUAAAUUCAGGAUUAAAAAGAAAGGAAGUUAAGGGUGUCCAUUUGGAGGAUAUGUGGCCUCUCAGCCUAAGCCUGUUCCAUAAUUUAAGUGUGGGAGAGACUGUGGGGUGGGAGACCUUCGGGAGGUCAGGAAGCCACGGCGUGAUUUCAAUAUAGUGUGGUAGACAUCCCUCUUCCAGAAGUACCCAUUGUUUACAAUCUUUUGCUCGUGUCCAUUCUAGAAUUCUAUUUAAAUGUACAGCAUGGAAAUAGCUGGGGAUGUGUGGUAGUUGCUGUCCUCCCUGAUGUUUUCUCCAAAAUAGUAUGUCAUAUUUAAAUCUAGGGGUGUUACUGCCCCAAACAAAUGCUCGGAUAAGACUCUGAAUAUCUUGAAACCAUCGAGGGGGGAUAUGAAUGGGGAGGGUUUGGAGAAAAAACAAAAUCCUAGGUAAGGCAUUCAUUUUGACUAUAUUAAUUCUACCAAACCAGGAUAGUCGUAAUCUCCUCCACUUUUGGAAGUCUAUUCGAAGCGUUUUCAAUAAGGGGUUAAAGUUUAGAGGGAAUAUUUUAGACAGGUCAUUAGAAAGCAUAACCCCUAAGUAUUUCAGCUUAUGGUCAUGCCAAGUGAAAGGGAAGGAGCUUUUCAAACCCGCAAUCACAUUAGGAGAAGUGCAAUGGAUUUGGAAUAAUUUAUCUUAAAAUUAGAAAGGGCUCCGAACCUAUCAAAUUCCGACAUCAGAUUGGGGAGUGAGGUGACCGGGUUUGAGAUUAGAGCGAGUAAAUCGUCAGCAUAUAGGGCCAGUUUGUAUUCAGUCCCCCUCACUAGCAGACCAGAAAUAUUUUGAUUAGCCCUUAUACUUCUAGCUAAAGCCUCCAUACACAAAACAAAAAGUAGCGGGGAUAGUGGGCAUCCCUGUCCUGUGCUGUUUGAGAUAGUGAAGGGGUCAGAUAAGGAGCCAUUCAUUUUAAUUCUGGCAAAAGGGGUAGCGUAGAGGGACAGAAUUCUGUGGAGACAGGCGUUGCCUAGCCCUAGAUGUUUCAAAAUACCAAACAGAAAGUCCCAGUCUACUCUAUCGAAUGCUUUUUCAGCAUCAGUUGAUAGCAUGAUUGAGGGGGACAUGGAUUGGUUAGCAUAGUGAAUCAUACUAAGUACCUUAGACGUGUUGUCUCUGGCCUCGCGACCUAAGACAAAACCAGCCUGAUCCCCAUGAACCAAAUCCGGCAUCAAAAGCUUAAGACGAUUUGCUACUAGUUUAGCAAAAAGUUUUAUAUCUAUGUUCAACAGCGAAAUAGGCCGGUAGCUAGAACAGAGACUGGGGUCUUUACCUUCCUUGGGCAAAACUGUGACAUGUGCGUCAAGGGACUGAGGAGAGAAUUGCGAUGAUUCAGAAAUGGUGUUGAAGGCUCUUGUAAGAAGAGGGGUUAAUUUCUCUUUGAAAGCUUUAUAGUAAGCAAUAGUAAACCAGUCAGGGCCCGGGCUUUUGCCAUUAGGCGAAGAGACAAUGGCUUUCAUGACUUCCUCGGUAGAGAAAGGAGCAUCCAAGCCCCCCACAUCCUCUUUGGACAGUGUCGGGAAGUCUAGGGAUCCCAGAUAGGCCGAUACAGCUGCUCGAUGGGCCAGUUUAGAUUGUAUAAUUAAUAAUAAUAAUAAUAAUAAUAAUUAUUAUUGUUAUAAUAAGAUUGGAAUAAUAAUCCUGAAAGGCUUUAGCAAUUUUAAGAGUCUCAUGUUGGGGCUGGCCUAGACUAUCUUUUAUUGAAUGAAUGAAGGUAAGUGCGCUUUGCUCGCGAAUAGCCUUGGCCAGCAAUUUCCCGGGUUUGUUGCCCCAUUGGUAAUAUCUGCUACGGCACUUUCGAUAAGAGAACUUAACCCUGUCAGAGAGUAGUUUAUUCAGAUCGGCCCGAGCGUCCUCGAGAUCAGAAUAGUGUUGGGGGGUUUGGGAUUUUUUGUGAAGAAGUUCCAGGGAUUUUAUCUUAGACAAUAAGUCAUCUCUAUUUUUUUCCCUUUUUUUUACGGACUGAGCCUAACUGAAUACACACCCCUCUCAGGACGUACUUAUGCGCCUCCCACACAGAGAUUUUGGAAACAUCAUCCGUGUCAUUAGUUCUAAUAUAGGAGUCUAUAGCAGAGUCAAGUUGAGAGCAACAUGCCACGUCUUGCAAUAAAGUGUCGUUAAAACACCACAACCAUUGAUGACGUGUGCUAGAUGGUAAACGUAUCGUGAGGUUGACCGGAGCAUGGUCAGACCACACAAUUUGCCCUAUUGAAGAGUCUGAAAUUAAAUGUAAAUGUCGAUGACUCAAGAAUAAAUAAUCAAUUCUGGAGUACGUCUGAUGGGGAUGUGAAUAAAAAGAAAAGUCCACCUCAGAAGGGUGUGUCAGUCUCCAUGAGUCAAUCAGCUGGUGGUCAAGCAGGGUGCGUCGCACUCUCCUAUACUCCUUCUCCGGUCUAUAAGCAGCCUUCUUAGAGGUAUCGUGAAGGGGGUCAAGAGUCCAAUUUAAAUCACCGCCCAACACCACCACACCUUCGAGUAAAGGCUCUGCGGCUUCCAAAGCAGAUGACAAAGAGGAAGGCUGCUUAGUGUUGGGGGCAUAAACAUUUAAAAAGGAAAAACGUUGGCCAUGGAUAUCACAGUUAACCAGCAACCCCCUACCUUCAACCAAUCUAUGGGAGGAAACAUUAAGGAUAGGCAGGUGCCGGGCCAAUAGGACGGCUACACCCAACGUCUUUCCGGAAGGGUUGUUGGCCAUGAAAACAUGAGGGUAAUAAUGACACUUAAGUGACGGAACGUUGCCAAUCUUAAAGUGUGUUUCUUGAAUAAGGGCAACAUCUACUCUCUCGUCUCUAAGCCAUUUGAGGAGUUUAGAUCUCUUUUCAGGGAUAUUCAGGCCUUUAACAUUAAGAGUAGUUACACGUAAAUCAUCCGGACCCGUCAUAACUUAAACUUUAACAAGUUCGCAAUAGACAUCUCUACCAUAGGGGUAUAGUGGGGAGAAAAAGGGACCCUAAGAAAGGACAGUAGCUUGGAAAAGAAAUCAGAAGAAGUAUAGAAAGAGAAUGCAAUGCUGAAAGUCACAUCGCAAAAUGAAUCAAUAGCAAACCUCGUGGACAGCAAUAUGAGAAAACAGACUGCUGCAAAAGGGAUGGGAGUGGAAACCUGCCACCUCCCAACCCGGAGAGACAGGGGAUGCAGCAUAGUGGGGGUCCUACGGGGGGCUAAGGACGGCGACCGUCCACAGCGUAAAAUUUACUCAGUACGAAAAAAUACACCUAGGAAUAAGAAUGAGUACAAUAUGAAGGAUAUAAAAAGAGGCCUAAAUACCGUGAAGAAACGUUGUCAAAGGCAAAUGUGAUUUAUCCUAAAUAUGUUUCAAACACAACAUAACAAUUACAAUAACAUAUCACCUAUCUAAGUAAACCUUAACAAAACAGAGCACAUAAUGUAGAGGCAUGUAGCAACACAAAAAGGAAGAGCCAUAUAUGCAUCUGUAGAAACAGGAACUGAUAUAUAAUCAAACAAAAGAUUUCCAUCACGGAGGUUCCGAAGAUUGCGAGCUAGAAGGAGGAGUCCCCCGCAUACGCGGGGAUCGUACUUGUUGCCACACGUCAUCUGGAGGGGUCACGGUUGGUAUAGUAGGCUGAUGAUGGUAAGAGUCCCAGUCAGGCAACAAUAUUGGCGGUAUGCCAAGAGUCGUGAGAAAGGCCGGUAAAUCGGACGGCUUGGAGAGCACCGCUACUUUACCAUUAUGAGAAACCUGAAGCGAGAAAGGGAAGCCCCAUCUAUAUUUCAGUUCGAGUUUCCGAAGGGAGUCAGUAAGUGGCUUCAGGGCUCUGCGUUGUUGCAAGGUUGACCACGCCAGGUCAGGAAAUAGCUGAAUCUUGUCGCCCUGGAAAUGAAUACUAUCCAACUGACGGGCCUUUCUCAUUAUCUCCUCCUUCUGAGCAUAAUAAUGGAGCCUACAGAUCACAUCUCUUGGCCUGUCUGAUGGUAAGCCUCGAGGCCGAAGGGCACGAUGAGCUCUAUCGAACAAAAUGUCUCCAUUUGGAUCCAAGUCAAUAAGCUCUCCGAAGAUCGUGGUUAGUGCAUUCGUCAGGUCAGCUUGCUGUACACUUUCCGGGAGCCCUCUAACCCUGAUGUUAUUCCGUCUCCCGCGGUUAUCCAUAUCUUCAAUGCGGGAUUUGAGAAAGGCAAUAUCACUCCUCUGAUGAGAGAUCACCUCUUGAAAAUUAGAUAGAGUAGCAAAGCUAGAUGUCUCGUGUCGUUCCAAUAUGUCAACAGGGGACGCAAUUUGAACAUUUCCUGUUGAAGCGCAGUCACCUCAACUUUGAUGGUAGACAGUAGGCGAGUCUCCAAAGCCGAGAAAUCUUGCUUCGUGGGAAGUGACUUGACAUGGGAGAGAAUCUCGCUAAUCUCUGCUGUCAAAGAGGCGGAUAAUGGAGGUUGCGGUGUUUGGGGAGCCGUCAUGUCGUCCACCGGAGUACAUAAAAUCGGGGAGUCCGGAACAGCUAGAGUGGUGGCCGGGCCCGUUACAGGUGUGGUCAAGAACUGACGUAGAUCUGACGGAUGACGGGACGCAGAUUUUGGGGUCUCAUCUGGCUUGGUCUUGGCCUACUUUUUCUACGUGCCUCUCACCAUGAGAUCGGUUUACAAAGAAAGGCGAUGCGGUGUCACUCUUACAUAUCCCAGGUAGUAUGAAAAUACGCGGGCCCUCGCCGUGCAGUAGCCCCCCACGUGGCUUUACGGAUACAUCAGGCAAGGAGCAGCAUUACCCAAACGACCACUGGGGUUCUGCACAUAAUGACAUAUGGAACUGCGGUCUGUAUCUGCAGUAAACUUCAGAGUAUAGGUGCAAUAUGUAGGGAAUCACUGGAGAGUACCUGUAGUCUGGAGGUCUGUAGAGGGAGCCCCCCUUGAGGUGAGAUGCCCAGGAAUCUCAGGUUAACCCCUAAGGGAGUGCACCUCUGCUGCACACAGCUCUUAUUUCUGCAGUGUGGGCGUGCAGCCCUUAUCAAAAAUGGCGCCUCUGCCCUCACUUGCAGGGCCUUGAUAGCUGGGAGUCCCAGAGGCCAGCCAAGCGGGAUUUAACGUUGGUGGAAGCGGUAGAGCAGUGUCCCCGCCACAGCCUCGGCUCUCUAACGAGGAGAGGAGGUGGACACAGCGAGUGGCGCCUCCGGCGGCAGCGCGUCGCAGACGCGGCCGCCACGGGCAGCGGGUCCCCGUUCCGUGCAGCACCGCCGCGAAGGAGUUCACUGUGCAGCCCAGCCAGGCGGGGAGACGAGCGGGGAGGCAGCAGAGGAGGUCCGCGAUUACCGAGGCGCCCGUCAGCGCCGAGCGCCUCACUUCCAGUCCGGGUCAGGCGAGAAAUCGAGGCCCCGGCUUCAAGUGGAUGGGUGGGCCACAACCCGCACGGGAGCAGGAGGCCCCCGCCAACUCUGCAGACCACACCACCCUGCACACAGACGGUAUAGGGGCCAACGGGGUGCAAGUUGUCGCAGGUAGGGACCCCAAACUGGUCAAAUAAAUGGGUUUCAGAUAGGAGCACCACGACACCACAGCCGUCCAGUUCAGCUGCCAAGCCACGCCCCUAUUUAGCAUUUAUAAUGCUGCGCAUUUAAUUUUGCAAAAAGAGCGGCGUUCAGUCGCCGCAGUAUGACAACCUUCAGUGUUUAUAUUGCCAUUAAAAUUACAUGUAUUUGAAUUAUUAUUUUAAAUGUAUUAAUGUAUUGAUACACUGAUGGCCACAAUACAGUCAGUGAGACUGAGGCAUACACAGGUAUUUAUGUGACUUGAGAGAUCAGUUAGACAAAAAAUGAGUCCUAUUAUUGUGCUAUAUUGCCCUCAUAGUAUAUGAAUAAAUGAUGCAGACUGUCACUAAGGGGAGAUUCAGUAACUUCUCCUUAUUUCCAUGCAAUGCAAGUAGUAGAGUUGCAGAUGUUGCGUGUUAAUUCCUCUGAAAAGAGUGGCACGUUAGAUUUCAGGAUAAUGUAGAAGGAUGUUAGUGGCCAUAGGCGGAGCAUUGGAGGCAGUUACAUGGGGUCACAUGGCUGCUUUUUGGAACUUUUAUAAAUGAUGGAAAAAUGAUAAAACAACUUACAGAUAGAGCCGCACUCAUCUGAGGUGGCUCCAUCGCAAAUGUGCACUCCCGGCGUGACUAGGCGAUCUGUCCACCUAGUCACGCCGGGAGUGCACAGAAACGCUCCCAUUCUGAGCGUUUCUGUCCGGUGAAUGAGGCGUGUCUCCGUCACGGGUGCGCCCAGCCGGGUGUUGACGCUGUCGGUGAUAGGCGCGCAGACGGGACCACGACCAGCGUGGCUCAUCUGUAUGUCAGCAAAUAAAGUGCCUGGAGCAUUUGGCAGAACAUUAAAGUGUCUCUAUGUACAUACACGUUUGUAAAAAGAAAACAACUAAACUUUUUAAACAACCAGCUGCAAGUUCAGAAACCACUUUGUCAUCACACAACACCCAACAUACAUGUUCUACAUCAUUUACCUAUUCUGCUGCUGCUUAGAGAAAAUGACGUGUACUGUAUAAUGGCCCUCAUUCGGAGUUGAUCGCUCGCUAGCUACUUUUAGCAGCCGUGCAAACGCAUAGUCGCCACCCACGGGGGAGUGUAUUUUCGCUUUGCAAGAGUGUGAAUGCCUGCGCAGCCGAGCGGCACAAAAAUAUUUUGUGCAAAACAAGACCAGCCCUGUAGUUACUUAUUCUGUGCGAUGAUUGUUGCGACGAAGGUCCCAGAAUUGACAUCAGAUACCCGCCCUGCAAACGCCUGGACACGCCUGCGUUUUUCCAAACAUUCCCAGAAAACGGUCAGUUAACACCCAUAUACUCCCACUUCCUGUCAAUCUCCUUGCGAUCGGCUGUGCGAAUGGAAUCGUCGCUAGAAGCAGUGCAAAACCACAAUGGACUUCGUACCCGUACACUGCACGUGCGCAUUGCGCCCCAUACGCAUGCAUAGUUUUGCCGUUUUUUUAAAAUGAUCGCUACGCAGCAAACAUCGGCAGCUAGCGAUCAUCUCGGAAUGACCCUCAAGGUCAUGUCUUUAUGUAAAUACCUUAUUGUUCGUUGGGAGGGGUGUCCCGACCACACAAUAAUCAGACUGUGUGCUGGGCUGCUGCUUAUCUCCUGUCUCUGAGUUUUCACUCACUACCGUAUGUCAGUCCAUCUGCUCCCAAACAAACACAUGGAAACAAAUUUGAGUAUAUUACCCCCGUAUUAUACUACUAAUCCUCUCCAAUAAACUACAAUAAAAGCUCCUGGGUGUAUAUCACUAGCACUACAUAUUUUGUACUAAUUUUCCAUCUCUCUGCUUUUCCAAACCUAAAAAUAAAUGCUUGUCACAGUGUGAACACAAAUCAUGUAUUUUCAGAUGCUUAAUAUGCAUCAUAAUAUAUAUAUAUAUAUAUAUAUAUAUAUAUAUAUAUAGCCCCUUAACAGUACAGUCCAGCAUUCUGAUUACUUGCGGACUGUCUUGUAAUGGUAUGUGACAGGCAUUGAACUAAGUGGUCUGUGAUAGGUCCAGAAGGUGUUUAUAAGUCCCACCUUGUAAUUGAGAUAGAGGUGGAUGAUUCAGGCAUCUGGGAAAUAACAUGGGAUAUAUGUGAAGUGAUGGCAGCAGUCCUUUCAGUAGACACACCCCCAUGACCAGUUAGCAGGCUGACUAUACUUACUAAUAAGACAAUAUCAUUAACAAAAUAACUAUAGAAGAACAGGGUCACAAAAGUUUGACAGCAAACCUUUAGUCUACUAGCGUUAGGAUCUGUUUCUCAAGACUGGACACCGUUACAAGGUACACCGUUACAAGGUACAGUACAGUCUGUUACAUGUGAGGCUGUUCUAAUCUGGACAACAAAGAGGCGAGUGGAUGAAGGUGUUAUGUUACGUAUCUAAGAAACUGAGAUAUUUUACAGUUAGAGAUAGGGUAUUAGAACUUAAAAAUAGGACAUAGCAUUUUUAUCCACAAAAUAUAUCCAUAAGUAAACUACCAACAUAAGCUUGUUACUAUGAUCCCUAGGUCAUAACACCUUCAUCCAUUAAGAAAACUGCAUCUUAGAAAAUUGUUACAUUACACCUUCAUCCACUUUCCUUUUCAAUUGUAUUGUAAACAUACUAUCAAUUAUAACAACAACAACAACAGUGGUGUCACUGCUUACUAGUGAACUGACAGAGUGUAUGUUCAGUGUUCUACCUGACACCCAGUGAGUUGGUAGGUUGCGUUCUCGGUAAUGUAGCUACUCCCUAGAGCACCGAUAGAGUACAUCUGCAUUAAUGCCACUGGUUACUAGUGGUUAUUAUUAUCCUUUAUUUAGAAAACGUUAACAUAUUAUACAGCACUGUGCAUGGGCUGCAGUCAAAAUGCCGUCUGUGGGGAUCCCGGCGGUCAGGAGACCGACACCGGAAUCCCGACAGCCGGCAUUUAACCGGCAGCCGGAAUACUCAAUUCCCACUCGGUGGGUGGGUCCACGCCACCAACCGAGUGGGAAUAGAAGCUGGCCCCAUGUGAGGCGAGCUCACAAGUGGCCUCGGUGCCGGUAUUUUGCCAGAUGGGAUGCCGCUAUCGGGAUACUGACAGCUGCCAUCCCAUCAGCUGGUACUACAUACCGGAUCCCUGUACAAUUAGAGGAUCAUAGCAGUAUGGCACAUACAUGUUACAUACAAUGACACGAAAUAGGAGAUAAAUAUAGGUUCCUAGUGGAUUGAUUGGGUGAAUUCUCAAUGAUUUCGGGUUCCUAAUACACUGAUAUGGGGCAUUUGUAAUUAUGUCCCUGGUUCCCAGCGUACUGAUAGGGUGCAUUGUUAGUCAUGUCAUUAGUUAUUUUCCUUUACUUAUAAAGCGCUGACAUUGAAGGGAUCAUGACACAAAUUACACACAACAUGACAUGAUAGAGAAGGUAAAUAUGGUAAUUAUUCUCAGUGAUGUCACUGGUUCCUAGUGCACUGAUAAGAUUCUCAGUUGUGUCACAGGCUGCCUGUGAAUUCAUAAUGGUGCAGUGAUGUCACUAAUUAGUAUUCUUAGAUAAAUAAUGUGGUCCUAAGCUGGCCACAUGGGCUGCACCGCAUAAGUCCAGUUGAUACAGAUCUGGUGGCUUGGUAUAAGGGUUGAUCAUAAGGGUCCCCAUACAGUCUUGUGAGCUGAAAACUCUGCACACACAUUGACAAUUGCAAUAAUCAAACAGGUUUUUAAGCUUACCAAAUGAAACUUCUGUCCAUUUAGGAUAAGGCUCUCUUAUUAGUGAUUGGAGUUGUUAGUGAUUAGGCACUACGUUAUGUUGUUCACCAAUUAGCACAAACACUACUUAGCAUGUGUGACCUGAUCAGGACUGCAGUCCUUUUCUUGACGUUCACAGCAAAUUUCACUUUGUUUUAAAUGUGCAUUUGCUAGUUUAGUAAAACCAUUUAAACAAAACUUUCUAAUUACUACAUAAACAUCAUCUCUAAACAGCUCAGUGGGUAGAUGGAGAUUCAUAAUUCAGCAGAAUGUAUUCAAAGGUCUAGCUUUUAUUUUGCUGGGUCAACGUACAUUAAACUUUACAGUCUCCAUCAGCAUCCUAUAUAAUAUAAGGCUAAUGCUCCUCACCUCUAUGGGGAAUUCAAGUGUUUUGUGCAACAGCGACCACUAGAUGGCGCCCGACGGAGCAAUUCAGUUGUUGCCCCGUAUAGGUGCGUACAGAUACCGAUGCUUACAUUACUGUUAUGUUGUUCCAUCAUUUUGACGGACUGGUAACUAAUGCACACCUCCCAACUGUCCCAGUUUUUGGGGAGGCUUAGCAGAGCAGCUGUGCAUAGAUGCUAUGCGCAUACACACGGCAUCUAUUCAUGGGAGACAGGGAGACCAGGGACAUGACCAGCAGCUCACAGAGAGCUGGGAUGCCCGCACAAUGAGGUGUGGCUUAUAAAAGUGGCAUUCUCAUGUAGCCAUGCCCCUUUGUCAAGGUCACACCCCUUUUUGGUCUCAUGAGUCCCUGCUCAGACAUGUACAAUGUUGGGAGAUAUGCUAGUGCAAUGAAUAAAUGUUUACCACUUACCACCGUGGGGAAGAGAGUGAUGACACCUUUGUGCAAUAGAUGUUUACAGCUGCUAUUGCCAUGUGUGCGCAUGCCAUCACGUAAGUAAAGGUAACACCCAUAAAUAAACCAUGGCCUGGAGGACAGAAGAUGAUUAGAUCAUUGAGUAUUGGUUUCCAUGUAGACUGUCUCCUUUAGUCCAUUGGUAACCUGUAUAGCUGACAUUGUAGCUUAUAGAUCUUAGAUGAUAUGUUAAUUUAAAAUCCAAUCAGCUGCUAUUUUCUGUUACACUGGUACCCUCCUGUCCCGGCAGGCUGGUAUAGCAGAAUAGGAUUUAUUGUACCUCCCAUUACAUCAACCCAGGCUUACAAAUUGUGUAAGCAACAUUGUAUUAGCAAAACAUGUUUUUUUUAUAUUUUCUAACAGGUUACCAAAUUAUUAAUGCUUAUAUGUAUUUUAUUAUAUUUGCUAUUGUUUUUUUCUCAAUCUAAACAAAUUUGGUGGCAAAGGAGAAACCUUUCGGACUAUUACACAUACUUCACUGCUGUUUAAACAAGGAGGCCGGCUGGUAAAUUCUGAGCAAGCGGUAAUGGAGUACGUAGUAAUAAUCUUACUGUGACAUUAUUUGAAUACUUGUGUUCAUACUCCAUACCACUAGAUGGCAGUAACUCACCUUUCAUCUUUACGUGCUGUUAAACGUAAUCUUUCCACAUUCUAUUCAAGAAAUCUGGCAAGAUUUGUAACAAAGGAGACUAUCAAUAGGGUCACAAUUUGCAGCUGGAGGAAUAAGCAGCUAUCAACAUGGCACCUUUGUGACUCUAAGAAAAAAAAAUGAGAUUCUGCUGCAAGACGGUCCCCAGUAAUGAGGGAGAAUCCAAGUUAGCAUAUAGUCGUUCACUAAAAGAAAGAUUGUGGUUAUCCCGUCCACAAAAAAAAAAAAAGAAUGUGACCUGCCUGGUAACUGAUGACGUGUGUGUGUGUGUGUGUGUGUGUGUGUGUGUGUGUGUGUGUGUGUGUGUGUGUGUGUUGCAAUCACCUUAUUCAGAUCAAAAAUCAUGCAAAAUAUUACCUGUGGGACUGUACAUUCCACUUUUCAUAUCAUGGUACUGCCCUGCCACAUGGAGACUUUCCUCACUAACACAAUCACACAAGUGGCUUUGGAAAUAAUCUGUGCUAUUGUGAGAAUUAUGCUAUAUGCUAUUCUAUUCCUGUCCACUUUAAAACUCUGAUUUACCAUCCAUAAUAGCAGGAGAUGUAGGUUGGAUCUGCCGUAGAAACUUUUUGUUGUCAAACACACCUUAAAAAACUCCAAGUUUAUAGUUCCCCUCUGGGAAGUCUGCAUAAUGUACUUAUUGGAGAAUAGGUGAGCAGGUAAAACUUGAUUGCUGCAAAACCAUUGACUGCAAGAGACACAUUCAUUGGUAUACAUAAAAUGUUGCUAGGUUUGCCAUUCAGUUUUGUUGCUGUGACAAUGACUUACUAUGGUGUCAAAAACUCCAGAUUAAUGUACAAAUAAUGUGGCCAUCCAUUAUGUUACAUGAUCAUUACAAACUCUGAUCUACUAGUAGUGACCCUACCCUACCAAACCACAUUUAUAUGGAUACAUUAGAAACCAGUGCUACAAACAUACAGGGAGCAUAAAUUACUUAGAAUGAAAUCAUAAGCAAAUUAAAACCAUGCACUCCCUGUAUGUUUCCAUUUACCUCAUUCUCUUCACUAACAUUACUGAUUAAUAUACAUUUAAUAUAUCACUGUACUGCCCCAGUUCUUGCUCUCAUGCCACCAGAUUACUCCACGGACGUUGGCAUAUGUUUCACUAAUUGGAGAGAGAAGUUAUCUUUAGAAAGCUGCUUUUUUAAGUAAUCAAAAGAAAAAAGAUAAUUGUGGCGGGACGGUGAAGUUUAAAUCACAUUUCCAUGAAGAGUAAUAUUAUUAACAUGUAUAUUUUUUUACUAUUGCCACUUUUUAUUUGUCCCAAGUGUGUAAUUAGUUGCAUAUAGUUGUAAUCAUUGCAACCCACAAAAACAAUGUUUUAGAUACUUCUACCAACCUGACGUAACACGUGGAGGAUCCAUGGAGCAAUAGUAGCCUGAAAAGCAUCUCCGAUGUAAGUUUUUGUCUCAAGUGCAACUUAAGAUUCUGAUUACAUUCUAGUGUAUAGCGUGUAAGGUGGGUGGGGAUGUAUAUGAUUCUGACUGAAUUAAGCACUUAGGAUUGUGUGAUUUUACAAGGAUCCUAUUGUACUAAAACAAGUGGACAUGUAAUAUUACUGUAGAAUCAUGUACUGUAUACAGUUUGUAUAUUAAACUAAAAAAAGUACUUUGUUUAAAAAAACAAAAAUGCAAACGCUAUGUUAAAGACACUAAAUAUAGAACUUGAUACUUGCUUGUGUCUUGUUUGUUCAUUUCAACUGUUGUCUCGUCUAAGAGAAUGUGUACAGUUUGUACUAAGAGAGUAGUACUUGCUUGGGCUGAACUUCCGCCAGCUUUAGUUGAGUAAAACAGUUAUUUGAAAUCA